AUGUCCUCCAGACCAGAGCUCAAGGUCGACGACGAACAUGGCUUCAUUCGCUUCUACAAGUCCCUGCCCCAACUUGGCGAAGAGGCUAUCAGGAUUUUCGACAGAGGCGACUGGUACACAGCUCACGGCGACGAUGCCACCUUUAUUGCCCGAACUGUCUACAAGACAACAUCCGUCAUUCGCCAGCUAGGUCGAAGCGACCAUACCGGCCUUCCAUCAGUUACCAUGACCGUUACCGUAUUUCGACAAUUCCUGCGUGAAGCUCUUUUCAAGCUAGGGAAGCGAAUCGAGAUAUGGGCCAGUCCCAGUGGCCGCAUGAACUGGAAGGUCGUCAAGCAGGCUUCUCCGGGAAACCUGCAGGACGUGGAGGAUGAACUAGGUGGCCAGUUCGAGGGAGCGCCCGUCAUCCUGGCGGUCAAAAUCUCGGCAAAGGCUUCGGAAGCCAGAACAGUGGGAGUGUGCUUUGCCGAUGCCAGUGUGCGGGAACUGGGAGUCAGCGAGUUCCUCGACAAUGAUCUAUAUUCCAACUUCGAAGCGUUGCUCAUUCAACUAGGCGUCAAGGAGUGUAUCGUCACACAGGACAAGGGCGAGAAGGAAAAGGACCCAGAGUUGGCCAAGUUGAGGCAGAUCAUCGACAACUGCGGUGUUGCCAUAGCAGAGAGGUCUGCGGGCGAGUUCGGCACCAAGGACAUCGAGCAAGAUCUGUCACGGCUAUUGAAGGAUGAGCGCGCUGCCAGCUUGCUCCCACAAACCGACUUGAAACUCGCCAUGGGAUCUGCCUCAGCCCUGAUCAAGUAUCUAGGCAUACUGCAUGAUCCGUCCAAUUUUGGCCAGUAUCAACUGUACCAGCAUGACUUGGCCCAGUUCAUGAAGCUGGAUGCGGCAGCAUUGAAGGCUCUCAACCUCAUGCCUGGUGCUAGAGAUGGCGCAAAGAACAUGAGUCUGUAUGGGUUAUUGAACCACUGUAAGACUCCAGUGGGAAGCAGACUACUGUCCCAAUGGCUCAAGCAGCCCCUGAUGAAUGCCGAGGAAAUUGAGAAGCGCCAGCAACUGGUUGAGGCCUUUGCCAAUGACACCGAGCUACGACAGUCAAUGCAGGAGGAACAUCUUCGAUCCAUCCCUGACUUAUAUCGGCUGUCUAAGCGGUUCCAGCGUGGUAAAGCGACACUAGAGGACGUUGUGAGGGCAUACCAAGUGGUUAUACGCCUGCCCGGCUUUAUUGGAACCCUCGAAGGCGUCAUGGAUGAAGCCUACCGCGACCCUCUUGAUGAGGUCUACACCAACAAACUCCGCGAGCUCUCAGACAGCCUCGUUAAGCUGCAGGAAAUGGUCGAGACCACAGUUGACCUUGACGCCCUCGACAACCACGAGUUUAUUAUCAAGCCCGAGUUUGACGAUAGCCUACGCAUCAUCCGCAAGAAGCUCGACCGGCUUCGCACAGACAUGGACAACGAGUUCGCCGAAGCCGCCGAGGAUCUCGGCCAGGAGCGCGAGAAGAAGAUCUUCCUCGAGAACCACAAGGUUCACGGCUGGUGUAUGCGUCUAACCCGCACCGAGGCUGGCUGCAUUCGCAACAACUCGCGCUACCUCGAGUGCUCAACCCAGAAGAACGGUGUCUACUUCACCACCAAGACCCUCCAAGCGCUCCGCCGCGAGUUCGACCAGCUCUCCCAGAACUACAACCGCACCCAAAGCAGUCUCGUCAAUGAAGUCGUCGGCGUGGCCGCCUCAUACUGCCCUGUCCUCGAGCGGCUCGCCGCCGUUCUCGCCCACCUCGACGUCAUCGUCUCCUUUGCGCACUGCUCUGUCCACGCUCCCAUCUCCUAUGUCCGACCCAAGAUCCACCCUCGCGGAACCGGCCGCACCGUCCUCACCGAAGCCCGCCACCCGUGUAUGGAAGUCCAAGACGACGUAACCUUCAUCACCAACGACGUCACCCUCACGCGCGAGGACUCGUCCUUCCUCAUCAUCACCGGCCCCAACAUGGGCGGCAAGUCGACAUACAUCCGACAGAUUGGUGUGAUUGCGCUCAUGGCGCAAAUAGGCUGCUUCGUGCCCUGCUCAUCAGCAGAACUAACCAUUUUCGACAGCAUUCUCGCCCGCGUCGGCGCGUCCGACUCGCAGCUCAAGGGCGUGUCGACCUUCAUGGCCGAGAUGCUGGAGACAGCCAAUAUUCUCAAGUCGGCCACGGCCGAGAGCCUGAUCAUCAUUGAUGAGCUCGGCCGCGGCACAUCGACGUACGACGGCUUUGGUCUCGCCUGGGCCAUCUCGGAGCACAUCGUCAAGGAGAUUGGGUGCUUUGCGCUGUUCGCCACCCAUUUUCACGAGUUGACCGCGCUGGCGGACCAGUAUCCUAACGUCAAGAACCUGCACGUUACGGCGCACAUCAGCGGCACUGACACUGACACCGAUGUAAUCACCGACGAAGACGAAAAGGCAAAGAAGAAGCGCGAGGUAACCCUUCUGUACAAAGUCGAACCCGGCAUCUGCGACCAGAGCUUCGGUAUCCACGUCGCCGAGCUGGUUCGGUUCCCAGACAAGGUGGUGCGCAUGGCCAAGCGCAAGGCAGACGAGCUGGAGGACUUUACCAGCAAGCAUGACGAGGAGAACGGGGGUGGUCUAGGUGUCCAGUACAGCAAGCAGGACGUGGAGGAGGGCAGUGCGCUGUUGAAAGAUGUACUGGUGAAAUGGAAGGAUGAGGUCAAGAGUGGGCAGAUAAGUAAAGAGGAGAUGGUGGCGAGGUUGAGGGAGUUGGUACAGAAGGAUGAAAGGUUGUUGGGGAAUCCGUUCUUUAAGAGUGUCCAGGCUCUGUGAGGGCGGCUUACGCGUCACUGAGUGGUGAUGGUGGACGGGUUAACUGUUAGAAAUGUUCUCAAUUGGGGGGUAUGGUUGUAAAAUGUAAGGACGGAUGCGGGCGGUG